GAUAAAACUAACCAGCGCAGUGAGAGACGCAACCAUCGCGCUACAUAAACAAUGACCGCAGCUGUCAAAUAAAUUUCUCACGCUGGUCGUGGUCUCGUCUGGAAGGCAAUGUUGUUGGGUCUGUAAUUCUAGUCUCCAAAAUCCAAGUCUCUUAAUCCCAACAAAAAUCUCCCUGCCAUCGAAUGAAGUGAAUAUUUGACCAACAGAAGGCCGAAUCUAAGAGUUGUGAGAAACGACGAUACGAUAGGAUUGAUUUCUUCUGGUGCUUGUGAAAUAGUUUGUCAAGCGUGCUAAUAAUUCAUGACCAUGGUAGGCAUUCACCCUUUAUCGCACGACCCCACUUCAGCGUGGAAGGAGAUUUCCAAAUCGCAGCGCGUUAUUAAAAUCAACACGAAAGCUCCGGUUGCUGAUGUCUCACCAAACAAGGUGCGAGUCGUUUGUAUGUCUGAUACACAUUCACUGACGCAUCACAUCAAAUUCGACAUUCCAAACGGAGAUAUCUUUAUUCAUGCUGGUGAUUUUACACGCUGUGGCAAACUAGACGAAGUUAUCGAUUUCAAUGAAUGGUUAAAAAAACUACCGCACAGACACAAGCUGGUAAUUGCUGGGAACCAUGAGCUUAGCUUUGAUACCACCUUCACCCAUCCUUUUCAAAAUGCGAACAGUUGCUGCAGGAAAACAUGCACCACCCUCCUGGAUGAAAUGCCAACAUUAGGAAAUUCCAAAGAAUGCCUGGCAGAAGCGAUCAAAACGGAGAACAUUCGGCAAUAUCUAAAUAGCUGUAUCUAUUUGCAGGACGAAGGUAUUGAAUUGUUCGGACUAAAGAUUUAUGGUACGCCUUGGCAACCAGAGUUCUGCAAAUGGGCGUUCAAUUUGAAACGUGGUAAGGAUUGUCUCGAAAAAUGGGAACAAAUACCGGAAAAUGUUGAUAUACUGAUUACACACACUCCUCCCGUUGGUCACGGUGAUUUAUGCUGCUCUGGGGUUCGCGCAGGAUGCGUUGAGUUAUUAUCGACAGUACAGCAAAGAGUUAAACCCAAAUAUCAUGUAUUUGGACACGUACAUGAAGGUUAUGGCAUAACUUCGGAUGGCAGAAUCAUAUUUGUAAAUGCGUCUACCUGCGACAUUAACUACUUACCUAAUAAUCAGCCUAUAGUCUUCGAUAUCAGCCUGCCGACUGGGUGGUGUAAAGAUGAGUAACUUUUCAUGUAACGACAGUUUCACGGAACAUCAAAAAUGUGAUACAGAUAGAUUUCGAAGUUAGUUUGUCUCGAAUCGUUAACUCCUUUGCACUGGCGAAUUAUGGUUUUUUGUUUUCUAUUUUCCCCCAUCAAAAAAAAGUAUACCAUACAAAGGUGGUUCAUAUACAAUUUGUUUCUUCAUUUUACUAUUUAAAAAACGGCUGAAUAUUUUUGGAUGGUUAAACAUUUAUUUGAAAGAUUCAUUCAAGACAUUUAUGUAUUAAAUACAAUUUUGGUUGCAGAAAAUUGGGAAAUAUGAAAAACUAAUUUCCAAAGUGGUACGUCUGCAGCUCAAACAGUACGGUAUUUGUAAAGCAGCUCAUUUCCCCAUCGGUGGCUAUGUUAAAAAGCAGCAUUUUCGUUUUCUGAGUUCUCGAAACCCACACGUCGUACAAGAGAAGCCAAUGUACCCAAAAAGAGCGGCUGUUUGGUGCGGAGUUUGGUCUUGGCGGUAUCAUCAGCCACCGUAUGCAUGAAUGAAGAAAGCGCCGCCUUAACCGUCGAUGGCGCACGCUACCGGGAAAUGUAGAUCGAUUGGUUCUUCGGCGAAAUUGAAGCUGGGAACUUGGACUACAUUUGGUUUCGCUACCUGCCAGACAGAGACAGCCACGAUCGAUUGUUUGCGCCGCAUCUUGGGACAGCGAAUAAUCAGCAGAAAUGGUGUUGUGAACUGGCCUCCAAGAAGCUGCGAUUUGGCACCAUUGGACUAGUAUCUUUGAGCUGCGGUGAAAGUUAAAUGUUACGCGAACAAACCAGUAACAAUUCAUACCCUCAAGACCCAAAAUAAAGUUAUUACCGCCGAAAUAGGACCAGAUACAAUCGAAAAUGUACUCAAAAUAGUUCCACCGAAUGAGCUACUGCCAAGCCAAUCAUGGUGGAAAUUUGACCAACAUUGUUUACCACAAAAAAGUCAUAAAUGAGCCUUUUAAAUAAAUGUUCAAACAUACGCACACACAUAGAAAGCUGACGUUGCCCGACCGAGGAAGCGAUAUUCUGAUCUUUGAAGGUAAACAUGAAUGUAACUGUGGUCAAGCAAAAUUUGUGAAAACUCAGGGGUUAUCAAAUACAAGUCCAGCCAGGUCCUGACUUAUGGUGUCUGUAUAAACUUACCAAAUUGAUAUUGACAGCCAAAGACAUCGAUUGGCAAAUUAUAGCUUUAUAGGUUUAGUCAUGGUAUAGGUCGAAGGCUUUUCGAUGUAGCUCAGGUUUACUUGGAGAUUGCUGUUCGGCUUAUUCUUUUUAGUUUAUUUUGUGCUUUUUUAAACAUAGUAGAACGGAGUGGCCGAAACACGUACAAUAGCCCAAUGUUCGUGCAUUGCUGUUCCCUUCGCCUUCCACAUGCAUUAACGCUAUUCGCAAUGUCGCUUCUCGGUUGAGAGAAUACUUGAAGUACGGUCACGAAAAAUUUGUCCGUGUUCGGGACUCCGCUCCAAACCAUUAACCACUUUAUUCUCCGUUCUACUCCUUCCGGGACUCCUAGAUUUACUUCGGCAAGGGGGUAGAAAGCUGCAUGCACCAUCGUCUACCAAGAAUAGAAUGAUGGUCGUCUUUCAUGACUAGGCUAGCUCUACUCUAAUGAAACUGCUGAAACCAUUAUAACAAUUAAGGAUUCAAAUAACUGCUAUCACAAAAACAUAGCAGCAUGAUGAGUUGCCAGUGCGAUAAAACAUCAUAAAGUAAUGAAACCAUAUUAUUUAGAAAUAUGACCCAUCAAAACGAGAAAUAACAUCGAUAAAUGAUUUUUCCUAAUCGUGCUGCAUUAGAAACGCAUCAACUUAUUUGUACAAUAAUUUUGUUUUUUGCACAGACUGUUUAUUUUCUCUCUUAAACUACUUGACUAAGGUCUCUGGAUAGGAGGUUCGUUAAAAUACUACUAACGAUGCCCAAAAACUGCUUUGCGAUGCAAACAAAUGCUUCCGUUAUCACCAAAUUACUGCAAGGCCAUGGCUGACAGCCAUCGCAAUCGAAUCAACUCCAUAUAAAAAAAUGCAGUGUAUGCGUUGCCGCAAAAUGAUAGCGCGUGCACAACACAGCCCGCAGUAAAGUUGGUGAGCUCGCAAACAGUUCUUGAAUUUCCGCUAACGAAACCUAGCUUACCCCACAAAUCAAUCGGCGUGACCUCCUAUAGAGGUAGAUAAAGAGACCUUGAAAUGUAAUGCUGUGACAUCGUACUUGACGUGCUUAGUGUGUUACAUUUCAAAACAAAAUAUUGCGCACGUUUUCGAACAGCAUACUCGGUGUGGACUGGCACUAAACAUCUUCAAUCGCUGUGAAGCUGACAGUUGGAUCUUGUGUUAUACUUGUUGGAG